AUAGAGUUCAUCCUCGCUUUCCUUCAAAGCCCAUUUACAUAGUUUUUGAUCUUAAGCUAUCUGCCUUUGAGUGUAGUUAUGGACAUUGUUGGAGCGAUCCUAGGAGGUUUCAAAGAGGGUUUAAUAGAUGUUUUAAAAUUUGGUCCCACCCGUGCCUCUGAAACAAACACAGAGACUUUGGACAGAGAGACUUUGGACAGAGGAUUGUUAAGGAGCAAUGACGUGUUCUUAAGUUUUCGAGGGGAAGACACCCGUGCUUCAAUCGUUUCACAUCUAUAUGCUUCUCUUCUAAAUGCUGGAGUUUUCGUUUUUAUGGACGAUGAUUCACUUCCAAGAGGAGAUCACAUUGCAACAUCACUACUACAAGCAAUCGAAGAGUCUAUAAUUUCUGUUAUAGUUUUCUCAAAAAACUAUGCAGAUUCGUCGUGGUGUUUGAAUGAGUUGGUUAAAAUAAUGGAGUGUCGCAGAACUAUAGGGCAGAUAGUGUUGCCGGUGUUCUAUGAUGUUGAUCCUUCAGAUGUACGACACCAAACAGGUGAGUUUGGAAAAGCGUUCCAAAGUCUCUUGAGCAGAAUUUCAAAGAAGACAGACAAGUCGCUGAAAUGGAGAGACGCGCUUAGUGAGGUUGCUGGGCUUGCUGGCUUUGUAGUUCCAAAUUUCAGGAACGAAAGUGAGGCUAUAAAAGAUAUUGUCAAAAAAGUUGUGCGUUUGCUAGACAAGAAAGACUUGUUUGUUGCUAAUCAUUCAGUGGGAGUUGAACCUCGAGUGCAAGAUAUGAUGCAAUUGUUAGAUAAAGAAAUACAGCAAGAUGUAGGCUUUGAAUAUUCAGAAGAUAUAGACUUUGAAUAUUUUGAAGAUAUACUUCACCUGCCAGACAUCCAACAAUCAUCCCUACAAAAAAAAGACAUCCAACAAUCUAAUAAUGUUCGACUAAUAGGGAUGUGGGGCAUGGGAGGAAUUGGCAAAACCACCAUUGCAAAAGCCAUUUACAAUAAAAUUGGCCGCAAUUUUGAAGGAAGGAGCUUCCUUGCAAAUAUAAGGGAAGUUUGGAUGCAAAAUGUUGGACAAGUAUCUUUACAGCAACAACUUCUCUCCGAUAUUUGCAAAGAAACAACGACCAAUAUACAAAACAUUGAUGCAGGAAAAAAUACAUUAAUGGAUAGACUCUGCCAUAAAAAGGUACUUAUUGUACUGGAUGAUGUGAGUACAUCUGAUCAAUUGAAUGCUUUGUGUGGAUCUUGUGAAUGGUUUGGUCCCGGCAGUAGAAUAAUUAUAACAACUAGAGAUAAGCAUAUACUUAAAGAGAUAGGAGUUUACCAAGUAUAUGAAAUGAAAGAGAUGAAUGAAAAUGAAUCAAUGGAGCUCUUUAGUUGGCAUGCUUUCAAGCAAGCAAGACCCAAGAAAGAUUUUGCUGCAUUGUCCAAAAAUGUAGUUGAGUAUUCUGGGGGAUUGCCACUAGCUUUGGAAGUCCUUGGGUCACAUUUAUUUGACAGGAUGGUAACAGAAUGGGAGAGCGUAUUGAACAAACUCAAAGCAAUUCCUAAUCAUCAAGUACAAAAAAAGUUAAGAAUAAGCUAUGAUGGUUUAAGUGAUUAUACGGAGAAAGAAAUAUUCCUUGACGUGGCUUGUUUCUUUAUUGGGAUGGUUCGAAAUGAUGUUGUACAUAUAUUAGAUGGUUGUGAUCUUUAUGCAGGAAUUGGAAUAAAUGUCCUUGUGGAGCGAAGCCUUGUGACUGUUGAUGAUAGGAACAGGCUUAGAAUGCAUGAUUUGUUGCGAGAUAUGGGAAGAGAAAUCGUUCGUGAGAAAUCGCAAAAAAAUAUUGAUGAGUGUAGCAGGUUGUGGUCUAGUAAGAAUGUGCUUCAUGUAUUAUCAAAACGAACGGGAACAAAAGUUGAGGGACUGAGUUUGAAGUUGCCAAGAGCUAAUGUACAAUGUUUUAAUACUGAAGCAUUUGAGAAGAUGGAAAAACUGAGAUUGUUUCAACUUGCUGGAGUAGAACUUGAUGGGAAUUUUGAUAAACUUUCAAAAAAUCUGAGAUGGUUUUCUUGGGAUGGAUUUCCUUUAACAUCCAUCCCUUCAAGCUUUUAUCAAGGAAAUUUAGUUUCCCUUGAGUUAGAAAACAGCAACGUCAAAUUUCUAUGGAAAAAGGCACAGAUGAUGGAGAAGCUUAAAAUUCUCAAUCUUAGUCACUCUCAUUAUCUGACACAGACCCCAGACUUUUCAAUCAUGCCUAAUCUUGAAAAGCUAAUACUCAAAGAUUGUCCAAGGUUGCGUGAGGUUUCCCAUAGCAUUGGACAUCUCGACAAAAUUCUUCUGAUAAAUUUGGAAGAUUGUAUUAGCCUUUCUAACCUUCCAAGAAGCAUCUAUAAGUUGAAAUCUCUGAAAACUCUCAUUCUUUCCGGGUGUUCAAUGAUUAACAAGUUGGAAGAGGACUUGGAACAAAUGGAAUCUUUAACCACUCUGCUUGCAAAUGACACUGGAAUAACAAGUGUGCCCUUUUCAAUUGUAAGGUCAAAAAGCAUUGGGUAUAUUUCUCUGUGCGGACAUGAAGGAUUCUCACGUGAUAUAUUUCCAUCUAUCAUUUGGUCUUGGAUGUCACCAACAAGUGCUCUUUCAUCCCCCUUUGAAACAUCUGCUGCCAUGUCAUCUCUUGUUUCUUUAGAUAUACCAUGUAGUAGUUCUCAGGAACUGUCAUCUAUUUCCAACCACCUUUCAAGGCUUCGAAGUCUAUGGGUAGAGUGUGGUUCAGAACUUCAACUUUCUGAAGAUGCAAAAAUCAUUUUGGAUGCUUUAUACGCCACAAUUUCUAAGGAAAUGGAUUCGACUUCAGCUACUUCUAAAGUAUCAAACAUGAAAACUUCUGCAUUAGUUCAACACUGCAGUCAAUUGCGUGCUUUCGAAUCAAAAAAUUUGUUGAAGUCUGUUCUGUUACAACUGGGAAUGAAUUCCGAAGUCACCAAUAAUCUGAAAGAAAACAUUUUAAAGAAUAUGGAUGAGAAUGGGUGUGGUGGUUGUUUGUUUCCUAGUGAUAGUUGUCCAGAUUGGUUAACCUUCAAUUGCGAAGGUUCUUCGGUAAUGUUUGAAGUCCCUCAAGUGGAAGGGCGCACUUUAAAGACAUUGAUGAUAUGCAUCGACUAUUCUACAACCCUGGAUAACAUAACAUCAAAUGGCCUUGCAAACUUGUUGGUGAAGAAUUACACAAAAGCCACCAUUCAGCUUUAUAAGAGCGAGGCAUUAGUCUCCUUUGAAGAUGAAGAGGGACAGAGAGUAGUAUCAAGUAUAGAACCUUGUAACAAAGUGGAGGUUGUUUCUGUUUUUGAGAACGGUUUCAUUGUGAAGAAAACAACAGUUUAUCUCGUAUAUGAUGAACCAAUUCGUGAAAAUAUGGAGCAAUGUCAAGAACAAGAAGAAAAUGAUAUUGUGUGUAGUAGUGGUGAUGAAGAUGAAUGCUAUUAAGAGAGGUCUCUUCUAAUGCACAAGAUUACAAUGUCAUUGUUGGUAGUAGUGGUGAUGAAAAUGAAUGUGUUGUCAGAAAUGUCUCUCCUCAAGUGGCUCUGGCUCCUAUGGAGGAUUUAAAACAUAACAGAAGGAAGAAAAUUUUCAAGUGGAGAUGGAAGACGGUUAAACAUUGGUUUUGUAAAAGUUAACGCAGUUUUAUGAAUACCUCCAAUUGGUGCUGCUUGUUGUGUUUGAUCGAUCAAAUAAAGUUAAAUUAGGUUUUGAACUGUGGAAUGAAGGUCUUAUGCGCAAGUUGGUAGCUACUAAUUCUCUGGCUUCUGAAACAUGAGAUUUUGGGGAAGGUAAAGAUUCAGCUUGAUUGCAAAGCUGUUAAUCUUCUAAUGAGGUUUCUAGUUUUCUGUAUAAUCUAAUAAUUGGUCUUGUUACUUAAUGUGUGCCUUUGGUGCAUUUUUCUGCUGUUAGGCUUUACAAAUUCCAUUGUUUUGUAAAAUAUGUGUUUAUGGGUUACAUUAUUGUAAAAUAAUGGAUGAAAAAGUUUUGAGCACUCA